AUGCAGGUAUUACCGCUCUCCCGCACGCCCUGCGGCACGAGCGUAACGCAGUCGUUCCUGUCACACUCUCCCUGCGUCUUCACAAUGGAGGUGACAUCGAGACACACAGCCACGAGCGCGGCGACAGCGACGGCUGCCAGGGCGACGACGAAGACCCUGCGCGCGGUGCGCGGCGGGAAGACGGCGGCGAGCAGGGCGAACGAGAAUGCGCAGAGGACACCGAGCAGGGCGGCGACGAUGCGGACGGCGGAGUUGGGCGUGGGCCAGCCCGCGGCGAGCGCGUACGCGAAGAUGGGGCGCGUCGCGUGCUCGGAGGCCUCCCGGAUCAGGUCCGGGACCGCGGAGACCGGGCGGAAGAAGGCGCGGCGCGCGGGCACCGACGGGCCGAUCACCGCGAUAGACCAGCACGUCCACGUGAGCAGCAGCGUCGCGCAGGUCUGGGGGCGGUCAGCGAGGGAGAGGGCGGAGCGGCAAGGGAGGGAAGCGCGGGGGGCGCCAGGUGUCACGUACCGCCAGUAG